AAUAGCUGGUACUUAAUUCAUAAUUUUACUAUGAAGUGAAGAAGUGAUAAAAGCAAUUAAAGUGAUUUUUUUUUAUUCAUCUGUUAUUAACAAUUCUUCAAAAGACCCAGUACAAUGGAUUACUCAUAUUUAAAUCAAGCAGCUGCUGCGGCUGCCGCUGGCUUUGAAGCAUCAAGCUGUGCACUAGCAGCAAGCGAUAUGCAAUGUGGAUAUGGAGAUCUAGGAUCGUGUUCACAAAUGAGUCAAGCUUACCGAUAUACGGCUGCAAGAGCUGCAGGUUAUCCAGGAAACUCUGCUGGAGGAAGUACUGGUAAUGGGCCCACGCUCAGUUCCCACCAUCCUAGUCAUCCUCAUGCCCAUGCGCAUCAUGCUGCCCAUGCAACCCCUUGUUCUGUGAUGGCUGCUAGGACCCAGGAUGUGCAUCGACAUGCGGCUUCUAUUUUCAAUCAGUCCAUUAAUCUUCAGAGUGGUCUAGGAUAUAAAGCGUACUCCAGUCACGACGGGUUAGCGGAAAAAAGAAAACAACGUCGGAUACGGACGACAUUUACUUCAGCCCAGUUGAAAGAACUCGAACGCGCGUUCCAAGAAACACAUUAUCCUGAUAUCUACACUAGAGAAGAAAUAGCCAUGAAGAUUGAUUUAACGGAAGCUAGAGUUCAAGUCUGGUUUCAAAAUCGUCGAGCGAAAUUCAGAAAACAAGAAAGAUUAGCUCAACAAAAGUCCAGUGGUCAAAACACAAAUGUCGGAGUAGACAGUGGAGCUUCUAGUCCAGCGUCGAAUAGUGUAAAAGCUGAGGGGCGAUCUCCAAGAAGUCCUGCGACUCCUCCAGGUUCAUCCAGUAGUCACUUGUCUUCUGCAGAAGUUAAACCACUUACAAACCCCAAUCUAUUAAACAUAAAACACAGCGGAGAAAACCAAAGCGAUGGUAGUUCGUCGAAUGGACGUGGUGGCAGCGGAGGUGGAAGUAUUUCAAGUGGAAGUGGAAGUCUAGCUGGUGCCUGGGGAUCUUGCAGUCCCCGGCCUUUUUCUACAACGUUACCGCCCUAUCUUCUUGAUCCUCUGCCUCUAAAAACCGCAAAUCUAUACUAAAACUUGUUGGAACUAUCGGAAUACGAAAAGUGCAAGACUGUACGUCCAAUUUUUGUGUAUAUAUAGAAAUAGAUUCAUUUUAGGUUUGAAUGUUGCACGCGAGAAAUCGACUACUAAGAAAAAAUGAACUUUAUGUGAUAUUCAUGGAGAUAUGGCACAGAGUUUGAUUGGUCUUCUGGGGUUACAGGGUGAGGGAUUUUUACUUGAUGGAGUGUUUAUCUUGGUGAUACAAACUCCGGAAUGUUGAAUCAUUGAAUUAAGUUACUGGAGUGAUAUUGCAAUGAUGAUAAAUAGGGUGUUGGAAAUUGCGUUAUUAGAAAAAUAGUUUUGUUUUUAUUUACUUUUAUGUUUUUACAAUAAACUAUUGCAAUACUAAUUUUAUGAAUCAUUAAUGUUUAAAAGUAAAUAAAUAUCAUAAUUGCAGAAAAUUA